AUGGCAAUGAUGUCGGCCGAAAGCCCCAAUCCUGUGGUUUCACAGCCGGUAGUUGACGGAACCCAUGCCUGCGCGAACUCGUUCAUCCCGAUGGAUAAGACCAAUGCGGACCAGAGAAAGCCAGAGCCUUGGUGUCAGGAUAACGGAGUCCGACGGUCGAAUCGUGCCGUAGCUAUGACAGGGAACGGCCAAGUCGAGCACGCAACGUUGAAGCUCAAUCUAGACCUGCCAUGCCCACUCAGCGAAUUUGCCAACGGCACGCUGCACAUCCCGGUUAGAGACAUGUGCGCCUGGGUCGACCGCCCGGUCGAGACACGCCACCAGGAGGCUCUACAACGGCAUGGCAAGAUUCCACGUCCGAUGAACUCAUUCAUGCUGUACCGGCUGGCGUACAGUGAUCGAGCGAAGUACUGGCUCGCCCACGAUGAUCAUCAGGCCAUCUCCAUCCUCACCGGACGGAGCUGGAAGAUGGAACCCCCUACAUCCGUAAGCAGUAUAAGACGCUCGCGGUGA